AUGCUUUCACAACGGUUUUUUCCUCUGGAAAAGGAAAAAGACAAGGAAAGAGCUAACAAAGAUCAUAAGUUUCUUCCGGUUUCGUUCGACCUGCAGGCUGUACUUCGGAUCCCUCACUGCAAAAAUCCGGACACGGAGGCCAAUUCUAUGCAUAGUGCUAUUGAAUCACAAAAGAAAGAAACAUCAGUAUAUUCAAUGCAAGACUGGAUUUCAAUAUGCGAACGUGCAAGGCGUAGGAAAGCAGAUACUGCUCAACAGAAGAAGAUAGUCAAGGAGCCAUACAAAAUAAAAGAGUUUAAAUACCAUGGGUUUUAUGAUUUAAAAGAUCUGGCUUGUUAUUCG